AACCGUGAACAAAGAAUCAAAAAGGCAAAAGAAAGAAAAAAGCAGAGAGAGAAGUGAGACUUGUGUUCUUGGCUUUUACCGAUCAAUCAGACCAAUCCCUCGCUUUUUGGCAUCUUCGUCUUUCUUCUUAUUCUCUUUCGUUUCUUAUAUUUAUCUGUUUUGAGUUCUUCAAUCAAUUCCUUGUUGGAAUCACCCAGAGGAGAGAGAAGAGAGAGAUGUACAAUCAGUUGGCAGUAUCUUCUUCUUCUUCUUCAUCAUCAUCAUCUUCUUCCUCUUACUAUGAAUCUUUGAAGAUUUUGGAAGCUGAUGUUCAACACGCUAAUACUUUGGCAGAAGCAAUUCCAAUGGGGAAGAACAAUGUGAGGCUUCAGAUGAAACUGGUUCACAGCAACUUUGCUUCUUUACUACUCAUCUUGUUUCGGUGGAUUGAUCUUUCUUGCUCAUGUCUGCUUCCUCGCUACUUUAACCUCUUUCAUGUUCUUGUCUACAAGGUUCAUUCUGAUGGACAACCUAAGCUCACCACGCACGGUAGGAAAGCUACUAUCAGUGAGUUCUAUGGUGUGAUACUACCAUCACUUCAGCUAUUACACAGCAACUUAGACGAGCUGGAUACUGCAGACAUCGGUUUUGACCUUAAAAGACUCAGCAAGAAGAUAACAAGAGAGGCUCACAGUAGUAAAUUCAUCAAUGCAGGGUUAGAGCGUGAGGAAGAAUGUGGAAUCUGUUUAGAAACUUGCACUAAAAUGGUGUUGCCUAAUUGCUGCCACUCAAUGUGCAUCAAAUGCUACCGCAAUUGGAACUUGAAGUCUCAGUCAUGCCCGUUUUGUCGAGGCAGCAUAAAAAGAGUGAACUCAGAGGAUCUGUGGGUGCUUGCGGGUGAUAACGACGUGGUGGAUACAAGGACAGCUUCAAGGGAAGACUUGUUCAGACUCCACCUCUACAUCAAUAGCCUUCCCAAGGAUUACCCUGAAGCUCUCUUCUUGGUUUACUAUGAGUACUCAAAUCUGAUUUAGAGAAUCUGUACAAACAAAAACUAUGUACAGAUUUUUGUAUUGUAUAGAAUGUAAAAACUGGCGUUGCCAAAAGCUCUCAGCUUUUACAUGCUUUAUCUAUAA